AUGUUGUCUGCAGCGAGACACUCGGCCCUACGCGCUGUGCGUGCUCAGACCGGUCCGAAAUCCCAAUCCCUCUUCGCACAGUCGCACUCGUCAUCCCUCGCACGACUACUAUCCACCCUCGCCAUUCUCGAGCAGAAAGACGGCGUCCUCAACACGGGGUCUCUUGGUGCUGUCACGGCUGGCCAGAAGCUUGGAGGUCCCGUGCAUGGAUUUGUGGCGGGGAAGAACGCCAAAUCGAUCGCUCAAGAGGCUGCAAAGGUUCAGGGAUUGGAGAAGGUGAUUGCGGCGGAAAGCGAAGCAUAUGAACGCGGGCUGGCCGAGAACUGGGCGCCGUUGCUGGUCGAGAACAUCAAGAAGGGGGGCUAUACGCAUGUGAUUGCGGCACAUUCUGCUUUCGGGAAGAGCAUCCUGCCCCGCGUCGCGGCGUUGCUUGACGCCCAGCAGAUCUCGGAUGUCACUUCUAUCGAGAGCGAGGACACCUUUGUGCGACCCAUCUACGCCGGCAAUGCGAUCUUGACCGUGCAGAGCACCGACCCGAUCAAAUUCCUGACGGUACGCCAAACCGCUUUUGCUCCCGCCGAGACCGAGGGCGGCUCAGCGUCGGUGGAGGAGGGGGUCGACCCUAAAGUCGAGUCACAAACCGAAUGGGUAUCUGAAAGCUUGGCCAAGUCUGACCGACCGGAACUGGCAUCGGCGGAGAAGGUAGUGUCUGGCGGGCGUGGCUUGAAGUCCAAGGAGGAGUUUGAGCGAUUGAUCCCGCCGCUGGCGGACGCCCUCGGGGCGGCCAUUGGUGCCUCAAGAGCGGCGGUGGACAGCGGAUUCGCGGACAACAGUUUGCAGGUUGGGCAGACGGGCAAGAAUGUCGCUCCGCAACUCUACCUGGCGGUGGGGAUUUCCGGGGCCAUUCAGCAUCUCGCUGGAAUGAAGGACAGCAAGGUGAUUGCUUGCAUCAACAAGGACCCGGAUGCGCCUAUUUUCCAGGUUGCCGACGUCGGGUUGGUAGGAGACUUGUUUGAGAGGGUUCCCGAGUUGACGGAGAAGUUGGCGCGGUAG